UCAGUUCAACCCUAGUGCUGUUAUCAGUUAGGUGGAUGCCGAAAAAAAUGUUGCACCGGAAUUCUUGGAUGUAUCUUCUCAUGCUGCUGGGAGCAGUGUGUGCAUCUCCGAUAAUCCGCUUCAAUGCUACCAAAAAGCUUGAUGAGUGGAUUGAAAUCCCUAAUAGUUCGUGGGAAAUGACUUGGGUUCAUCGAUCUGUGGUGGAAGUACAAUCCCACGCCAAGUGGGGUUCCAAGCAAACAGAAGUGUUAUUUAUAUUCUAUUCGCGGUCCAACGCCACUGGAUCUACGUAUCGAUUAAGUGAACUGGAGAACGUUAAUGAUGCUGUGUUCAAUUCUUCGCGACCUACGCGAGUUAUCGUCCACGGGUGGUUAAAUAAUCGGGAUUCACCGUUCAAUGUGGAAGUUCGGCGGACUUAUCUGAAGAAUUGGGACUACAAUGUGAUCGUUGUGGAUUGGUCAAGUUGUGCUGGGAAGUUGAACUACAUUGCUGCUGCUUAUUGCACGACUGAAGUGGGGAAAACUGUUGCUCGUAUGCUGCUUAAUUUGAAGAUGAACAAAGGUCUAACAUUAGAUGAUGUGUACGUGGUAGGACACAGUUUGGGGGCUCACGUCGCGGGAAUAAGCGGUAAAGCUGUCGGAGGAGGAAGAAUCUCUACGAUUGUGGCGUUGGAUCCUGCAUAUCCGUUGGUUUCCUUUUGGGACCAGAACAGUAGAGUGUUUAGAGACGAUGCUCAGUACGUGGAAGUGAUUCACACCAGCGGUGGAUACUUGGGAUUUUUGGAACCAAUUGGUACGGCAGAUUUUUAUCCCAACGGAGGAGUUGUGCAACCAGGAUGUGGGUUCAAUUUUGCAGGAAUAUGCUCCCACUCGCGAUCAUGGGAACUGUUUGUAGAAUCUCUGCUGGAACCCGAGGAACGACUUAUGGCAAAACAGAUUCUUUCCCUAGAUAAUUUACAAUUUGGAAAAGACGACACCAUUCGGCUGGCCAAAAUGGGUGGCGAACCAUUGAAUCAAAAGAGUGAUGCAUCCGGCUUGUACUACAUGACGACCAGUGAUCGUAGUCCGUAUUUCGAUUCGAAUAAACCAAACUGAACCUAGGAAUUUA